AUGGACGUCUUGCAAAGUGUCGGCAUUCCAGCAGGAUACGAAAGUGACAGCAGCACCGAGGACUGGUACACAGAGCAUCCUCCUGUCCAAAAGUCUUUCCAUCUUCAAAAUUCUGGCUAUGCAGACGAAGAAGUAGAUAAAGUCUCCUUGAUGAAAAAUGCAAUCCAUGACGGCAACGUUGAUGCCGUUGAACAGCUGCUGGACAACGGCAUGGACGUGGACACCAUGCUGGGCUUUGACUGGACUCCACUGAUGUCUGCUGUCACUUUGGCGGACAACAAAGUCGCCAAAGUGCUUUUGGACCACGGAGCCAAUGCGAACUCCAGCAAAGACUGCAAGACGGUGCUCAUGAUCGCCUGCACUGCGCAGGCCAAGGAGGACAAAAUUGCUCGCUGUGUGGAGCUUCUGCUUUCCAGGAACGCCAAUCCAAACAAAGCGGACAAAUCUCAAGUGACAUGCCUGAUGUUGGCCGCCAGGGACAAUCACUGCAAGGUCAUUAACCUCCUGGUGUCCUACGGCGCUGACCUCAAUAUGCAGGAAGCCAAUGGAUACACCGCCUUGGCGCUGGCUGUCCAUCGUGGCCGACAACAGGCCGUGCUGAAGCUCCUCCAGCUCGGAGCUGACAAAAGCAUCGUGACAGGAGAGGGAAAGAGCCCUGCUCAGCUGGCUACGCUUUGGAAGUACCCGCAGAUCUCCAGGAUCCUUUCGUCCUCCAUGAGCAUUGACCCCAUUCUGCCUUUUAGCUCCUCUGGUGAAUGUCUUUCCACAGUCAGCAAGACCAAUACUCAGUUUCCAUCUUUUGCAGAAAGCAUGCCCAAAUUGAAUGAGAUGGAGCUCCUUCUUCACGGUCUAGAUCUGGAAUAUCUCACAGACAUCAUCAACGAGAAGGACAUCACCUGGAGCGAACUGCUGACUAUGGAGAAGGAGGAUCUGGUCAAGCUUGGGAUCACAGACGCAGAGGAUCAACAGAAGGUUCUGAGCGCUCUGCGGCAGAUACAUAUGGACAGAGUGGACCUGGACACCAUUGAGCAACUUGGAGUGACUGACAGUGGGAGCGAGGAGUUGCUCAACUUCCUGAGUAAGCUGAAGCAACAAUGCUGCUGCCUGACUGAAACCAUUCAAGACACCAUCAGCCGCUUUCCCCUGCAGGUCUCUAAGCUGGUGUUCAAACUGGACCACAAGAGGGAGGCGCAGACAAUGUGCAGCGAGCUGAUAGCGCAGACCAAAGACCUGCAGACUGAAGUCAACUGUCUGCACAAUCUGCUCUGCCAGAUGAACGACGCCCCGAACUGCUGUGAACUUCCCGUCGUCCGCGGCAACAGAAAACUGCCACUGCUACCAAGCGUUGCCAUAUUUGCGCUGGGCAUCUCUGCGUUUGCACUGGGCACCGCCUUCUUCUUAUGUUGGUGCGUGUGCGUGUCCAUGCGCGUGCUGAGUGUCGACGCGUCUUGGUGGUACAUGAGAUACAUGAGCUCAGUCGGCUCCCGCGUGAUGUGCGACAACAUUCCGGGUCUAGUGAGCGAGCAGCGCCGAUUGUGCCGUCAGCAUCCGCGAGCGAUGCAGGCCAUCGGCGCCGGCGUUCGGGAGUGGAUCUCCGAGUGUCAGCACCAGUUCCGCGACAGGCGCUGGAACUGCAACACGGUGGCGCGGGACCACAGCCUCUUUGGACGCCUGCUGCUGCGCGGCAGUCGCGAGGUGGCCUUUAUCUACGCCAUCUCGUCGGCGGGCGUGGUUGACGCGCUGGCGCGAGCAUGCAGCCGCGGCGAGCUGGACUGGUGCUCGUGUGACCCGCGCAAGACGGGCUCGUGGAGCGACCCGGCAGGUGCCUUUGACUGGGGAGGCUGCAGCGACCACGUGGAGCUCGCCGCGCGCUUCGGUCACGCCUUCGUCGACGCCAAGGAAAGGAAGGAGCCGGACGCGCGCGCCCUCAUCAACCUGCACAAUAACAGGGCCGGGCGCAAGGUGACUACCGACAUCGACCACAGGCGUCCUAUUGCGUUUGCCUCCUCGUGGAUGCAUCUUUUUAUGUCUUUACCAGAGGCAGUGAAACGUCUCCUGAGCCUGGAGUGCAAAUGUCACGGCGUGAGUGGCUCGUGCAGUGUCCGCACCUGCUGGCUGGCCAUGGCCGACUUCCGCCGCACCGGCGAUGAACUCCGCCGCAAAUACGAGCGCGCCGUCCACGUGGCCAUCAACCAAUAUGGCGCGGCUCUGACCAAGUCGUCCGCGGCAGGUAGACGCGCCUCGCCAGGGAAGAACCAGCUUGUCUACUCGGACGACUCUCCGGAUUUCUGCGUACGCGACCACGACACAGGGUCGGUGGGGACAGGUGGCCGGCGGUGUAACGCCACGUCCCAGGGCGCGGACGGCUGCUCGGUCAUGUGUUGCGGGCGAGGCUACGACACGGCGCGUGUGAGCCGCAGCGCCAAGUGUGAGUGUAAAUUCCACUGGUGCUGCGCUGUGCGCUGCGGAGACUGCAGUCAGACGGAGGACGUGCGCACCUGCAAGGAGCACACUCUAGUGCUGCUUCUCUUUAGCUCAGGUCAGGCGCUUCUGCCGCUG